AGCGGAGGCGCAUAAAUCACCAUGGAGAUUUAUUCUGUGCAGCUAGCCUGGUCCCGACCAGGCUAACUGCCAGGAUUUAUUUAAUCCUGGAGCCUUUUCUGUUCACUUAGCAGUCACUCUGGUCAACGAAACGAAUGUGUUCUUUAAUAGGCCUAGUUAUUCCAUGUUUUCAUAGCUGAUUACGGACGUUGGACGGGUGGAGACGCGCCAAAUUUUUAUCGUCACUUUUCAAAUUAAUAGUUAAUUAAUUUCACAGUUUACCACAAGUUUGUUGUUCUUAUUAUUAUUAUGUUCGAUUCCGUUUGAGUUAAAUAGGAAUUGUAGAAUCAUUUCUGUCAACAUAAUACUCAUUUUUUGGACUAUAGCCUAAAUUAUUAGUUUCAACAAUCAUCACCACGUCAGAUUGGCGGAUCUAUAUUCUACAUUUGGCGAAUAAAGCAAUUGCUAUCCUGACAUUUAUAAAUGUUCCUGUUAUUAUUUUAACAACCAUUAGCCUAUUACUUUUUAUAGGUAGGCCUAUUGAUAUUCAUUACUGUUAAACUAUAGCCUACAUUUAUGAAGACGUCUGCACUGUGUGUUUUUGAGGUUUAUAUAAAGUUGAAAUGGCGGCUGAAGUUCCAAGGCUGUUUUCGAUAAACUCAUUAAUAGGCCUAUAUGAACAAUAUAAAAAAGAUCCCUGGCUGCGUGUGUGUUUUUCGAUUUACUAUGGCGUGCCCGUUCAUAGACGAGGUAAUGGACAAAGAAGCACUAAUACUAAGAAGAGCUUUCCGACGAGAAAGAUUUUUUCGGGACCGGUCGGACCCUUUGGCUUUUGACGACAGCCAUCUGUAUGAGCGAUACAGAUUUUGUGGAGAUGGCAUACGCUAUCUGUGCAGACUGCUGGGUCCGAAAAUUCAGCACCGCACAUCUCGGAGCCAUGCCCUCACCAUCCCACAGACGGUGUGUAUAGGGCUACGGUUCUUUGCCAGUGGCAUAUUUUUAUAUGCAGUUGGAGAUGCCGAAAAUUUGAGCAAAGCCACAGUUUGCCGUUCAAUCAGACAAAUGUAUUUAGCGCUUAAAGGAUUCCUGAACAUCUUCAUCACCUUUCCUGGACACAAACGAACAUGCUUCAUUAAGGAGGAAUUCUACAAAAUUGCAGGUGGGCCUAACAUGAAUUACAGAUUACAGAAUCGUGUUACUUUCACAGUAGGCCAUUACUCAUUAUUUUGUGUUACAGGUUUCCCUAAUGUGAUAGGUGCACUGGACUGCACUCACAUUAGAAUAAAACGCCCCUCAGGUGUUCAUGAGGGAGACUUUGUGAAUAGAAAAUCCUACCACAGUAUCAAUGUUCAGAUGAUCUGUGAUGCUGACUGCACUUUCAGCAAUGUAGAGGCGAAGUGGCCUGGCUCGGUCCAUGACUCCAGAGUCUUUAGGGCCUCUACAAUUUUCCAGCGACUUUCACAAGGGGAAUAUGCUGGUGUUUUGCUUGGUGACAAGGGCUAUGCAUGUCAGCCAUUUCUUCUGACUCCAUUUGCAGACCCCCAGACAGCAGCACAGCACACCUAUAAUCUUGCCCAUGCAAGAUCAAGGGCCAGCAUCGAGAUGGCAUUUGGCCUUUUGAAGUCCCGUUUCCAGUGCCUUCACCACCUAAGAGUCACCCCAGAGAGGGCCUGUGACAUCACGGUUGCCUGCACUGCACUGCACAACAUUGCCUGCCUGAGGAAGGAAAGGGCUCCCAGAGUAGCCUUGGAUAUGGACUGGGACAAUGAAGCAAUAUUCCAAGACACUGUCAAUGGCAGGCUGUUCAGAGACCAAUACGUUGCCAAUUACUUUUGA